CAUUUGCCAACAGUCAAAUGCUUUGUGGAGCUGCGACGCAGCAGAUGGUUGAUUUAAGUGUCCGCCAGUCAAAUGACGGCCGGACAGAUAUUCAGCUGCAUGUUGGGGGAUUCUCAGUGAGCGCCAGGAGGCCCCGAGACGAGCACCGGGACGGAUUCCUCACGAUGAUGAUGACGAAGAGCGGCUUCUCCAGACCCUUCCUCCUCCUCCUCCUUUUCCUCUGCGGUGCCGCGCCUGGUCUGGGAUCAGUGGUGGUUAAACAGUACUCGUACUUCCAGGCUCAUCACACCUGGCACGAAGCUCAGCGCUUCUGCAGCAGCUUUACUUCCACGGACUUGGCCACCAUCGACAAGAAGUUGGAUGUAGGCCAGUUACACCUGGAUGCUUACCGGGCCUGGAUCGGCCUCCACAAAGUCACCUAUCCAGGCUCACCUGCCGACUGGGAGUGGAAGGAUGGUCAAUGCCUCAAUGACCCCAACUGGGCGGAGGAGCCCCUCCAGAGCCACGGCUGCGCCUCCGUCUUAUACAACCACGACAAGUAUUACGGCACCAAUUGUGAAGGCUAUUUCUUCUUCUUCUGCAACAAGAACUCAUUCGUACCGCAGUCGAAGACGUGGGCCGAAGCCCAGGGACACUGCAAGGGUCACAACACCGAUCUGGCCAUUUUACCAGGCGGCCAAGACGUCACCGACGCCGUCAUAAAGCAGGACUUUCCGGUCUGGAUCGGAGUCCGCCGAGAAGACAGAGGGGGAACAUUGAGGUGGAGCUCCGGGUUCUUGGAGUACGGAAAAUGGGCUUUAGGAGAGCCGGGUAACCUGGGGGGCGACUGCGUCUCCAUCUCCUCCACGGACAAAGAGAUGUCGACCCAAAUGUGCUCCGCCCGGUUCCCCGUCGUCUGCCGCUGGGACAACCUGGUCCUGGUGAAGGAGAACAAGACGUGGGAGGAGGCCCUGGAGCACUGCCGGCUCCUCGACUCGGACCGCUACCACGACCUGGUGAGCGUGCAGCCGGGGGACGACCACGGAUACAUGACGGAGAAGGUGGAGCAGGCCGACACGCAGGAGGUGUGGACGGGCCUCCGCUUCCUGGCCGGUGAAUGGCGGUGGGUGAACGCGGCGGCCAUGUUGUACCCCGACCUGCCGACCUGCCCCCCCGUGCGGCAGCGCUGCGGAGCUUUGUCCAAGGACGACUGGAACGGCCUGCUGCCCGCGGACUGCGCCGAGAAAAGGAACUUCCUGUGUUACAACAGGGACUGA